UAGGGUUCAGAUACAAGUAGCCCAUCUAUCACAUUAUUUGCCAUCAUUUGGUAAUAAUCAUAAUAAUGGAAACUGUGAUAUCAGAUGGGGUUCCCCCACUCCUUCCUCAGUUCCACCCUUACUGUACUUCCCUGCACACAAGCAGACAGACAGAUUGGCGGUCCAGGCGCUGAUCCAAAAUUUGAGUCUCCCAAAGCACAAGUAUGAUUUAAUUCCACCACCAGACGGCUUCUCGUGUGUGGGCUUGCGGCACUGCCAGCGCGUGCUGGCGUUGUGACCUCAAGUCAGGAAACACGAGUAGACUUUAGAGUGCUGCAAUUAAACGAGAACAAUUUCACACACCUGCAUUACCGCUCCUGCUGCAGUGAUGUCAUCUUCUCACAUACAUUUUACUGUAUUGCCUUAAAGAAUAGAUUUAGAUUAAGAACAGACGGAAAAUGUCACACAAGACUAUAAAUACAAUUGACUGUCAUAAUGGGGGGGAGGCUAUUUUUCAUUUCUCAACCAGGUAAUUAAUGAAUGGUGUUGAGGAACAGUAAAGCACUUCAGGAAGCCAACCAGUGGUUUGAUUACAGCUUAGCAGCCCCUUGCUUUGGUACCUGCAGGCAGCUGAGAGCAUCAGGCUGCAACAAUGGCUCAUUUAGGCCCACCCCCCCGAGAGAUCCUGGUUCCCAGCAUCACAUUCCAAGCAGAGGUCACAGGGCCCACCUGCUAUUCCACAUCAAAGCUCCAGCGGUGUCUAACCUGGAUGUGGAGAGUAAGCUGACAGCACAUUACCAAGCUCCCUGGCACCAGCAGAGGAACAUUUUCCACCCCUCCACACGGCCAGCAUGUGUUGUAGACCUCCACAGGCAAGCCAACGUCAGCCUGUGGGCCCUACACCGAGAUUACCAGAGGAGACGAUCAGGCAGCAGGGAGCGGAGAGUAACCAUCUCGAUGCCCAUGUACCCCUCCCCACACCUCGUCCAGAGGCAAGAACACAGGGGCACAAAUGUGACAACGUUUGAGUCCACCCGCUCCUCCUCCCCUACCGAAUGUUGCCGCUUCUCUCCCUGGAGCAGAAAGGCUGCGCCCUUUGACCCCGACACUGACGGGGUGGCUCUAGGUCACCGGCCCAAGUUUCCCAUCCCUAACACCCCCUCCACCCUGGACAAGCAGACUAACUGGUCUAAAGCCCUGCCGCUGCCCACCCCAGAGGAAAGAAUGAAAAACAAUUCCCAAGUCAUCACCUCAUUUGUCAUCCCCAUUAAUGUGACUGGCGUUGGCUUUGACAGAGAUGCCAGUGUGCGCUGCUCGCUCGUUCACUCGCAGUCUGUGCUUCAGAGGAGGAGGAAGCUGAGGAGACGGAGGACUGUCGCUGGCGUUCCCCGACAGGUGCAGCAAGAUUUAGACUCUGAUGACUCUCCUGGUUCCAGAGAGCGGACAGUGAUAGUUCAUGCCAGUCCCAAUAUCACUCCCUCCAACGAGGAGCUGGCUAGCCAUCACAGCACCAGGGACUCCGGUUGCCAGACAGAAGAGUUUUUGAUCUCAGGAGCGCCGUCUCGGCGGAGGAUCAGGGCCCAGAGAGGCCAGGGAGUCUCCCUCUCCCACUCAGCAGGCAACAUCUUGUGCCUGUCGGACAGCGCCGACGCCAUGUUCUCUGCCUCCGUGGGCGCGCGCCUGCGCUCCCGGAGUCUGCCCAGAGACUCGAGCCGGAUGAUAGACAACGGGCACAAUGACAGCGACGAUGAGGAGGAGCUUUCCCCCUUCGACACCGAGGACUUCCUGCCUGGACCGGGGGAGUUGAUUCUGAAGGAUGAAGAAGAGAGCAUGGAUGAGCAAGCCAUGUCUGAACACCAGCUGGGCCUGAAGUACAAGCAGCUCUCCGAGAGACCGGAGCGCAGCUGGAUGGAGAGGACCAGAUCCCAACUGCCCAGGAAGGCCGACAUGGGCAGCUGUGAGAUCUCAUCCAGUUCAGACACCUUCAGCAGCCCGGUGCAUUCGGUCUCCGCUGCAGGGGUGCUGGGAGGCCAGAUGGACCAUAAGGACGACCACCAGUCCUCAAGUGGUAACUGGAGCGGGAGCAGCUCCACCUGCCCCUCACAGACCUCCGAAACCAUCCUCCCAGCAGCCUCUCCGCCGCUGACGGGCUCCUCGCACUGUGACUCCGAGCUCUCCCUAAACACCGCCACUCACUGCAACGAAGACCACACCAGCUUCAUGCUGGACCACUACCAGGGUCUCAGGACCCAGCGGGCCGGCUCCUUCUCCUCCACAGCUAUGGACAUAUUAGAGGAAGCAGGGUCCAGCACUCCCAUUGAGGGGGAGUGGAGUUACCCCAACACAGAGCCUCCGCGCUCGCAGGACUUCAGCCCCGAGCCCAGCAGAGAGGCUGAGAGCAGCCUGGGCUGCCCCAGCUUCACCAGCAUGGCCACCUGCGAGAGCAGCUUCUCUGACAAACCACUGUCGGAGAAAGCCGACACCGUGUCCCACUACUCCGUAGACACUGAAGGCUACUACACCUCAAUGCACUUUGACUGCGGUAUCAAAGGUAGCCAAAGCUUCACUUAUAACUAUGCAGCCCCCGGCUCUGAUUGCGGCCUGUCUGACUUCAGUGGUCACAUGACUCUGGGGAGGCGCUGCCUCUCUUUAAGAAAACCAAAGGCGAAGCCUUGUCCGCCUAAGAGGAGUUCAUCCUUAAGAAAAAUAUGCAGUGAGGGACACAUCCCUGACGAUAAAGAACCAAAGAUUACUUGCGGGCCGCAGCUUCCGCUGUCCUCCAAGGAGAGGAAGCUGCAGCUGGCUUUGUCUGGCUCUGCUGGUCGUAUAGACAACUCUUCACUUGUCAGAGAGCCCCUUGGGAUCUGGGGGGUUGAGGGCUCAGCUGAUCUACCUGACUUAGGUGUGUUUAGCUCCACAGAUGCACAUUCAUUUAAGGACGAGGGGGUUGUACAGUCUGACUAUGCAGAUCUGUGGCUCCUGAACGAUUUAAAAUCCAGCGAUCCUUACCGGUCUUUGUCAAACUCUAGCACAGCGACAGGUACAACUGUUAUCGAAUGCAUCAAAUCACAGGAGAGCUCUGAGUCUCACACAUCCCAGUCUGGCUCCAGAGCCACCACCCCCUCACUUCCAUCAGUGGAGGGAGACUUCAAGCUAACGUCUCCAGAGAAGCUGGCAGGCCUGGCCAGCCCAUCCAGCGGUUACUCCAGUCAGUCAGAAACCCCCACCUCCUCUUUCCCCUCCGCCUUCUUUCCCGGACCGCUGUCACCAUCCAGCGGCAAGAGGAAGCCCAAAGUCCCAGAGAGGAAGUCGUCUCUUUCGUCGCUGUCACUGCAGUCGCUCUCCUGCAGGGAUGGAGCUACCUCGAAGAGAGACCUGGAGCUGCCAAUAAUCCCUCCAUCCCACCUCGACUUAAGUGCCCUUCAUAGUGUCGCCAACAAGGCUCCAGCUUACAGGACCCAGAUUCAAAUCCUUCAGCAUAGCAAACAAAAAGCUCCAGUGUCAGCCAAACCUGUAGCGCCACCUAACACCCAUCCCAUGUCCAUUACACCCACAGUGCUGCACUCAGUACAGCUCCGGUCCAUCAGUAAGGAACAUGAAGGAAGCCAUGAGGACAAAACGACUUCCAGACUCAAAUGUCCCACUGUGAACUUAACUGGCACACUUUCCUGUAGCAAAUCUGUGGAGCUCAAGAGUCCCCUGUUAUAUAACCCACAUCAACAUCACCCACCCUCGAAGGGCUUGUGUGAAUCCGUGUUUACCUCAAACGAAGAGCUUGCCGACGGAGAGGCAGCAUGUCAGAGUGAGGCGAGGAUCGAGCAGGACAGAGAGGCUCCAUUAGAGAGUAGGACAGCAUUCAGACUGCAGGCCAAGUCAUCAUUAGACGUCCCCGAGAGGACCACUAGUCAUGAAGGAGAGACGUGCGGAGAGUCAGUAGAAACAGCCGUCUGCUCUGGAGACAGCAGCUCGCUGUCCGAGCCUUUACACCAGCAAAGAGCUGAGCCGUCUGAAGAAGAAGAACCGUGUCAGAUUAAACCAGGUCCUCCUCUCCCUGUUCAGCCCAGUUCACCCGAGAGAUCCAACCUUUUAUCAAACGGCCUUGAUAAAGGGCCCGCUACUGACGGCAAAUCAAGGACAUCGCAGGGGAGUUCAAACAGCGAUGAAGGUAGCAAAGAAGUGGAAAAUGAGUUAUCGGGUGCUUUGGCAGAAAAUGGCUCCCAGGACGACAGCCAGGAGUCCACAGCAGAGACCAACGAUUGCUUCAGUAAAGACUCUACACCCAGUGAUAACCCAGUGUCCCCCCUGAGUGAUGAGUCAAGGCCAGAGGACGACAGUGUGUUUCUGUCACCCACCAAGGCUCGGACCACUGAGGAUCUGUUUGCUAUGAUACACAGGUCCAAAAGGAAAGUGUUGGGCAGGAAGGAUUCCGCUGAGUUGAAUGUGAGGAACCGCCUCGGUGCUGCAUCGGGGAGCACCCCGACCGGCAGCACUGCGAGCUCCCCAGUCCCGCUGGUGUCACCCGCCCCCGCCGUGACGCCGCCGGGCCUGCACAGAGUCUCCGGGCCCAUCUAUAGGAACGCAAAGAGGUCCAGCACCUCCAACGAGGAGUUCAAACUGCUACUGCUCAAAAAGGGCAGUCGCUCAGAAUCCAGUUACCGCAUGUCAGCAGCAGAGAUCCUCAAGAGCCCCGUCACUCCUAAAUCUCACGGAGAUUUCCUGAUGGAGUCCCCCAGACAGCGCGAAGAGCCCGCCUCUCCCCUGCAGCAACAACAGCAGCAUCAGUCAGGACCAGAUCAGCCCUCCAGCCCUUAUCCCAAAGCCAACGCAGAGGGCUUCUCCCUGAAAUCCUUCCCCUCAUCUGCUGCUUCCAGGCAGGGCCGCUCCAGAAUCCCCCCGCCUGCCAACAGCAGCCGCUACGGCAUGCGCAGCAGACUGUACCCCGUGCCCAUGCAGGCCAUCUCUGAGGGCGAGACGGAGAACUCAGACGGAAGUCCUCAUGACGACCGCUCAUCACAGGGCUCCACAUAGAAAACAGAGUAACAGUGUCAGAAGGUAUGAAAUUAUUUUGUUAGUUUACAGUAAAAACAAAUGGACCAGAAUGAGUUCUAAUAUAUAAGAGGUGUAGUGAGGGCAGGAGCAUUGAGGAGGUUAUUGUUAAUGUAUACAGAACAUUAGAGAUAAUCCACUUUUUUAAAGAAAUAAUCAUACAUUUACUGUUUGUGGCUGAGUUUUAUAGAUGUUUCCUUUUGGUUAUUCUGUGGAUACUUUAAACAAAUGUACCUGUCUUCAGAAAUAUUAUAUACACACGUGAUAUGAACACUUAGCAUUAGAAACAGGGAACCAGAUCAUUUAGCAUCUGCAGCAAAAUAUGAAUGAUGAUUGAGUAGAAAUGAUGAGCAAAACAUUAUUCUACAGAAAACAAAAAAAGGCAUACAUGGUUCUAAAAAACUAUUAUUUGGUUAGUUUAUGGCCAAAGCCAUGUACAACACCAAUCCUUCCCUCAGCCCUACUACAGUAUAUUCAUGUUCAAUCUGUUCUGCUGUCAUAUUUCUCCAGAAUUUAAAAUGAUUCUCACAGAUGGAAAUUUUUAUCUAGUAAAAAUGGGAAAAUAUAUUGGAUGAACUGUAUGUAUUCUGUGAAUACCUAUGCAAGUAGACACCAUUUUUACAUUUCUUCAAGCCAGUUAUAUAACUAAUUGUGAUGCUCUCCAACUGAUCAUCAGGACUAACCCUGUGUGAGAAACAGCAGUGUGUACAAAAAUGUGAAUCCUCAAUGCAUCUAUUCCUAUUGAUGUGUUUGUAUAUUUUACUCAGUCCUUUUCAAAGCCUAUUGUAAAUUAUGUCAAAGAUAGCUCACUUUAACAAUAUUUUCAAAUUCUCAUGCAAUAAGACGAGUAAUUAGAGGUGACACAGGACAUGUCAGAGCCAAGCACUAACUUGACAAUCUUAGGAGACAAGAAGGGAGCAGGUGUUAACAUGGGAGAAGAAAAAGUGAUCAAAAAGUCCGAGGUGGUGAACUAGGAGAGCUGUAAAAGAAUAAGGAGGUUGUGUGUUGUUGUUUUUUUAAAACAUGAAAAGGGUCAUUUCUGGUUUGCUGACUCAGUGUGUUUACGAAUUGUUGGAAGAGGCAAAUGGAAAGUGUUCAGGAGGAUCAAAUAUGCCUUAUUUUACGCUCAACAAGAGACAGUAAGUGACAGAGCAGCUUGGCCCUCAGCAAGUGGAGUGUUUUUAUGAGAUUUUUCGGUUUUGAUGGAGGAGGUAGGGUUAAAUAUGGAGCCAGGUUAUCAUCUAUCUAUGAUGAAAAGACGUCCUUCUGGAUUUAGCGGUCUAGCAUUUGCUGCUAUUUUGUACCAAAUGCUCGUCUAUUUAAUUUUCUAUCAAAAUAUAACCUCCCGUAGUUUCAUAUUUUUUGUGUCACAACAAUCUAAAUAUAUUUAUUUUUAUAACUGGCACAGAAAUUCUCCGUACGAUUCCCUGAUUUGAUUGACACCUCUAGAUAACCUAAAACUGAAAUCUUUACAUGUAAUGAAUUGCUGGUAUAAUUAAUAACGUAUUUUAUUCAGAUAGUUAUUUUGUGUAUAAGAGACAAAUUUUAAAUCUUAUUUCAGACACUGGUUGCAGAGACAAAUAGGAAAGCCACUCAUUAAUUAACAGUCAUAAGCUACAAGUUAGGUUUUAGUUGUAACCCUGGCACUCUGAGGCUUUUUAUUUGUCCCACAUAUUCACAAUCAUUUUAUAAGUAUAUGGUGUUUAAUGCAGUGAUGGUCUAUGUUGCCAUAUUGCCCUAUGGAAGACUGUUCUUCCCUAUAGGUACACUGUAAAUAUCAACUUAAUUUUGGCCUUAAUGAUACUCCAUACUAAUGCAAUGUCAUAUAACAGGGUACACAAUGGGUUGUGUCUAUGUACCUUCAUUCCAACUUUUUUUCCUUUUUUUUUUUGCACUGAUAAAGUGAUGUUUGUGAAGUUUCAUCUGUCUCUUGCUGUACCUGGAGAUAUUUAUAGACCUUUACAUGCAGCUGUUUGACUUUCCUUGAAUAAUAUCCACACUCUGAGUACACUUUCAGAGUGGAGUAGAUGCUUCUGCCAAAGGCUAGAACGUGCACGUUAGUGGCAUCAAAAAACGUUUUUCUCUUCUCGUUUACUUGACUGAAACAAAACCGAAACUAAAGAAGAAUUACAGCGUAACUUAUGGUACUAGAUGCAUUUUGGACUUCAGAUCGACCUCUGUAGGUAUCAGCUUUGUAUUUUUUUUGUACAAACUUGUAAAUACAAUAACUUUUGGAAUUGUCACAAAGGUUGUUGAAUUGUUUCUUAUGUAAAAACAAAAAUGUUUUCAAAGUUUACAUUGAUUUCCAACCUUUGUAUAUUUUUGAGCUGUGGAACACUUUGUCUUGUAUUUAUUUUUUAGUAAGCAUUGUGGAAAUCCCAUAGUAAAUCCUAUCAAAGCCAAGUGCUAGCACCACAGGCUGCUUAGCAAAUGUGUAUAAGAAGACAAAUAAAUGUGACUGCCUUGAAAAUGA